CCGGAGAUAAGAACCUCAUGUAGUUGUAUUAAUGUAGCUCAUCUUAAAACUCGUUGCAUUGCGAACAGUUUCAUAUCUUUAUUCCAUCAAAAUGAUGCAUGCAUUGGCGAUACCAGUGGCUGUCAUAGCAUGUCUGGCGGCAGUAACCAAUGGUCAAAACCAACAAUACUGUACAGCUUCCUCCAUUAGACCAACUACUGCCACCAACAUAAACGCUCCCCCGCUGCCAGAACUACCAACGUCUUUUUAUACCCAAGUGGAAGCCAAUAUCGUGAACAAUGCCGGCAGUUACACAAUGAUGGCGGAAGAAUUCUACGACGGGGUAAAGAACAGAGGAACGCUGCGUCUAAAACGAGCCGGUGGCGUGAGGCAAUUUAAUUAUGACUACGUCACUAAGCAACUCUACGUUUCACGGAUAGGCCCUGAUGGAGCUGUUGAUUGCAUCGCAGAAGACAUUCGUUCCCAAGAUGGCCAGUACUUUUUUGGCUACAGCAAUGGCACAAUAUACACAGUGGAUAAAGUUCUGCGGUUUGGAAAGAAAUUUAACGAAGUGUACAUUGGGCGGGAGACGGUGAGAGGAAUAAGCGUAGACCACUACAGAAGCUGUAUUAAUGAUGACGCGUGGUCAGGGAGCUUCACGGUGGACUAUUAUUUCACAGCAUCGGGAGUUUGGUCCCCUGUAAACCAGCGAGGCGUUCCAGUGCCAGUCAGGGCGCUAGUGCAGGGGUUCAGCACGCGUGGAGAAAGCCAUAAUUUUACUAACUCGUACGAGUUUUUCUCUUUCCAACCAAACUACACUUUUUCAGAGACAGAUUUUGAGACCCCAGUUGGUGCUUACUGUGCAAGCCGCCUGAACCCAAGACCCAUGAAGCCUUUAGAUUUACAGUUCUCGUAUAUGCAAGAAAUCUACUUACCGAGAUCUUCCAUUAUUCAACUGGCAACUGUAUACUACGACUUUCAGUACAAGCUGUUACGUUACGACUACAGAAAUCCUGACGUUGGAAUACCACCUUGGUAUACGGACCACAUGCUCAAAGAAGUUCAUGAUUAUAACACAGGUGUUAAGUAUGUGACAGACACUGUGCUUGGCAACUGUUCAAUACGAGCUUUGGGGUUGGACGGUUUUGAUUCAACGAUCAACGAGAAGGAACUACAAAAAACUGGCGGUUAUGCCCUACGACUGAAGAAUCCUAUGGAAUUGUUCUUCUUAGACUCCGAAUCCUAUGUAUAUGUUGGUCAGAGACUUACACGAGGAAUUAGAGCCGACGUUUAUGUCACACAGAGGAACGACUACCCAGUGCCUGGUCACGUUGAUACUAAUGUCACGAUUGAGGCAUACUUUUUGUCGAGUGAUGUCAGAGAAGUCUCCCCAGGCUCUAUUGUCGAUUCUGGUUUCCCUAUACAGCUAGUGAUCACUUCAGCUGUACCGGAAGUAGAUUUCAAAAUAAGCUACAACUUCUUCAACUUUGAUCAAGAGCACCCAGACCUGAAUAAUUUUGAAAUCAUUGAAUGUUUCCCAGAGGCAGUUAAGAAACAUUUCAGAAUCAAACUUCCCAGGACCUCGCCAGGACUCAUCGUGGACUACAUGGGGAUAGAGACACGUGCUCUUCAACUAGAACUCGCCCAGUUUGCAGGGGUGUCACCUCAAAGAAUACAGAGACCACAGUUACAGUACGACUCGCAGGCAUUUUACGUGGUUUCUACCCUAUUGGAACGGGCACCCUACUCAGCCCAGUUCACAGUGUUUGCUGACGAAACGGCGUAUUAUGGCAGUGAUAAAAUUAUAAACAACAUAGGAGACAUAGAUAGUUGCGGAGAGCUUUGUCUUGACCCUGCUGCCGGAGGAAUACCAUGUAAUAGCUUUGACUACUGCCCCCAGGAAAAGAUGUGCAUCUUAAGCCGCACCCAUCAAGGCAAUGCGACAUCAGUGAACGGAAAGAACCCGCUGUGCUCCCACUGGACUCGCAACGUCGACUUUCCCGGUAAAGCAGAACUUCCCCUACAGGCUGCCUGGUUGAAUCUCACUAAUAGUGUCAACGCUGGGUCGGUGUGGUUAUCGGUAGCGGCGCGAAAUGGUUCGAUGUACAAAAUAAAGUCCAGUUCAAUUCGAGACGACAUUGAGAGACCCACCCUCCCAACUCGCAUACCAACGACCACGCCAGGGCCUUCCAACCCCACCCCGGGGCCAACGGCAAAACAGCAGGAGGUGCUGGUACAUGACAGUAACACAGGAGCAAUGGUAGGGUUGGCUGUCGGCAUGUUGGUCCUAGGACUCCUGCUCGGCGCAGGGGCUCUAUAUGGGUUCCUUAGACUUAAAAGACACACACUUCCAGAUAAUAUGCAACUUUCAUUUGUAAACAAAGAAAAUUCUGAAUGAUUUUCUGAUGAGCAUGAGCUGAGGCAGAGUAAGGCGCUGUAUGAAAAGUCAAGAGGGGCGGCAGUGUUAAUGCAUUGUGAAGUACGUCGGAAAUCCGUUUUUAUAAAAUAAGACGUGUAAAUAGCAUUGCUUUUUUAAUUAGAAAACGACUAACUUAUCCAGCACUGUAUGGCUUAUUAUCAGGUUGCAUUAAAUGUAUACGAUACUCCCACAUUCCUCAUUUCAUACAUCAUCACUAAGUCCUUAUUUAGUAUAAUUGUCUAUUUAUAAAUAAACAGGCAAAUGAGAUUAAUGAAGUGCCGCCGGCACGUGCCCGUAAUGAAUUCUAAAAAAAUACGCACGAAUCGGAUUAAAUAAGACGUUUUUGUACUCGCUAAAUUAACAAGGUUUACCUUUAGAACUAACCGGAAGUUUGAUCAUUUGAAAUCUAUAGAGUUAACGUAGCACACAGAACAAGUGCACUGGACAAUGCUAUUGAAUGGAUCGCAUACUGAUAGCGAAGUAUUGGGAUUCUGUACACAAUUUUAAAACUAUUCAAAGAUCUAUUCCAGAUAUGCUCCUGACUGUGAUCACCAUACUAAUGUUAACAAAGCUAAGAACAUCAAUAUUGUGAUCACAGAGCCGAAAAAGCAGGUGGAUAGUUCCUCUGUGGCACACAGAAUGUUAUCAUCACCAAUACCCUUCUCCAACAAGGUUUUAGUUUAGAUAUCGGGCAUCUCUCGAACGCCUGCAUUAGCACGAGUUUGGGCUAUAUUAAACUGUGAAUGACGGCGCUACGGGUAUCCGAGAAAACUGCACGAAAACCGGUUGUGUCCUUUUCACGAGGUGAAAGAUGAGCUACACUCAAGUUCCAUUGCAUCAAAUAUGCAUCAGAGAUGUUAGGGUUAUAAGAACUAACGGGAAUACGUAUCCCGAAUUCCCUGUGGAGAAAUAAUGAGAAAUGCAUUGCUACUUGUAUGCUACAUACUAAGACCACACAAACCUUGUCGAGUGUAAGUCAUAAACGUUUUCAGAUGCUUCGUUGCUACUUAUAGUAUGAACAAUGACUUACGUUAGAUAAUUAUAUUUUACCUUCCAUUGUAUGUAUUUUAUCUGUCAUUCAUUGUACUUAAUCACUGCAGCUGUGGUUAAUUUGAUUACAAUAAACAAUAAUUAAAAAUAAUUA